AUGGCAGAAUUUGAUGAAUUUGAUGAAUAUGAACUACCUUCCUUAUACCAAGAAACACAUGGAAACAGGCAAUACCCAUAUGAAUCAGACCCGGAUGAACUAUAUGUAUAUGAAUCAUAUUCAAAUAAAUCAUAUCAAGAUGAAUCAUAUCCGGAUGAUUUAUAUCAGGAUGAAUCAUAUCCAAGCAAAUCAUCCCAAGAAGAGUUAGACAAAGGCAAAUCAUCUCAAGGCAAAUCAUGCCCAGAUGAGUCACUAUUACAAACAGAACCUGUAGAAUGCGAUGAAACUCCUGCAAAUACCAAGUAA